UGAACUUAGGUGUGCGAUUUCUGUUUAUCCAAAGCAAAGUACCUUGCAGGCAAAUUUCCCUACACUGUUUCACCUCCUCCUCCUUCUCAUUACCUUUUUUUUUUAUCGUUUGAAAAAUUUAAUAACAUAAAAUCUCUUUAAAUUAAAAACACAAAAAUUUGAUUGCCAUCUAAAUAAAUUUUGCAAGCAUGUCUUCGCCAGCAAGUGAACAGCUUCUUCGAAAGCAAUUGAAGGAAAUCCAAAAAAAAUCCUCCCCAAGGCUUUAGUGUAGGAUUGAUAGAUGAUAGAUCCAUUUAUGAAUGGGAAGUUAUGAUCAUCGGCCCUGAUGAAACUCUUUAUGAGGGUGGUUUCUUCCAUGCAACCUUGACAUUCCCCCAAGAUUAUCCUCUAAUGCCACCAAAAAUGAAAUUCACGACUGAAAUUUGGCAUCCAAAUGUGCAUCCUAAUGGCGAAGUCUGCAUUUCCAUUCUCCAUCCUCCCGGUGAUGAUAAAUUUGGUUAUGAAGAUGCUGGUGAGCGUUGGUUACCUGUCCAUUCGCCUGAAACCAUAUUGAUCAGUGUGAUUUCUAUGCUAUCAUCACCAAAUGAUGAAUCACCAGCCAAUAUUGAUGCGGCCAAAGAAUUCCGCGAAAGCCCUCAAGAAUUCAAAAAACGAGUAAGACGUCUUGUUCGACGAUCUACCGAAAUGAUGUAAAAAUAUAUAUGAACUGCCAUAGAAAAAUGAAUCUUUUAGUUUUUUUUCUCCUUAAUAAACAGGCGAAAGUCAUUCAACAGGUGGGGUAAUAUUACCUUUAUUAGCUCCAGAGCGCUUAUACAUUCUUCGAUACGUUUUCGGUGUGUUUACUAUUUGAAUUGAAAAUGGUGUAAAUUCCUAUAAGUUCCAACUAUUCUCCUGAAGCAUUGUCUUCAUUGGAGUUUAAAUCAAAGAUUGCCUACCUCGGUGGGUAUGAACAAAUUUGACACAUUCUGUUGCUGCCCUCAUUAUAGCAACCAUUUGGCUUUGUGCAAGGCAUUAGGUGUCUUUCACUAUACACGCAUUGCCGUUAGAGUAUUACCUUAUGGACGAUUUUGACACCCAUUCGCUUUGGGAUCUUCAAUUACAGCUUCCGCGUAUUACAUGAUUCUCGCUUGCUUCAACAACUAAAUUCAUAAAUUGGUGUAAGAGUUAUACUGAGCAGCUUUAAGUAUAAUUACAUUACGAGCAUCCAGUAAGUUUGUAUACUUCCAUACUUAUUUACAAACGCAAACUACGAUGACUUCAGUAAUUCGUGAACAUUGAGAGAACUCCUUUAAAGUAGUCAUUCCUUUGCUGCUUUUGUUCUUUCGACUUAUGAUAGUAUAGUAUAGCAAUCUAUAUUACCAUGAACAGAGAGAAUGGAGAAAAUGUUCGGUAUUGGAAAAUACCCUAGUGGCUCCCUGUACCUAUGCAGAUAAUAAAUAUUGCUUAUAACUGUAGUAAUGAUUCCC